AUGGCGGCUGCAGCGGAGAGGAGGGGAGGUCUGGAUCAGUCCGUGUGGGAGGCCUGCGCGGGGAACUCCGCGAAGAUCCCGGCCGUCGGGGCUCUGGUGUACUACUUCCCCCAGGGCCAUGGCGAGCAGGCGUACGCCGCGCCGGACUUCUCUUCACUGUCCUGCGAGAGGGCCGAGUAUCUCUGCAAGGUCAAGGAGAUCCAGUUGCUCGCUAGCGAGGAGACAGACGAGGUGUAUAGCGUGGUUGGCCUCGAUCCGUGGAUCUCCCGCUCGGCGCCGUCCCCGGAUGAUUUUUCGUUGACGGAGGAUACCGGCGCGGAGAAGAGCCGCGCUCUGUCUUUCGCGAAAAUCUUGACUCCUAGCGACGCCAACAACGGCGGAGGGUUCUCAGUUCCGAGAUUCUGUGCGGACUCGAUCUUCCCGCAGCUGGACUUCAGUGUCGAGCCGCCGGCGCAGAUGCUCAAUGUCCGCGACGUGCACGGCAAGGCGUGGGAGUUCAGGCACAUCUACCGCGGGACGCCGCGCCGCCACCUCCUGACUACGGGUUGGAGUAAGUUCGUCAACUCCAAGAAGCUGGUUGCCGGGGACUCCGUGGUCUUCAUAAAGAACAAGGCCGGCGAGCUGUUUAUUGGGUUGCGCCGAACUGCUCGGUCUUUCGGAUCUUCCGGUUCGUCGCACGCCCCAAGCCAUGUUGGUUCUCCUUCUGCGUUUUUCGCCACAAGACUCGGAGGGAAUUUCGGUAGUCAAGCAGGAUUAUCGAGGAAUUUCAGGGGCAAGGUCAGCCCGGAGGAUGUCGUUGAGGCUGUCAGGCUAGCAGAGCUGGGACAUCCUUUUAAGAUUGUCUACUAUCCGAGAGUAGGUUCCUCUAAUUUUGUCGUGGAGAAAGGAGCGGUGGACGCAGCUCUUCAGGUCCCAUGGUCGGAAGGAAUGAGAGUGAAGAUGUCAGUGGAGACAGAAGACUCAUCCAAGACGACGUGGUUUCAGGGGACAUUGUCCUGUCUCCUCAGGCAUCCCGCUCCAUUCAUCUAUUCGUCCUGGCGCUCUCUUGAGGUUGAACUUGACUCUUUUUCCCGCGUUCUCUCUCCUUCAGUGGUAGAUUAUUUUUCUCGUUCUUGCUUGUUCCUUCUUAUGUAUAAUUAUGCGCUUUAUUUUUUAGAUUGCUAAUCUAUUAUUUUCAUGCUGACAUUUCUCCUCUCCAGUUUGAUAUUAACACAUAGAAUCAGUCAGUGUUGUUGGAGUUAAAAAGCCUCCAGGCCUUUUGUUUUUGUGCAUGAUGGAUUAGGUACCCCCAGCGUUCGAGCAAAACCAUAUUCAGGGAUCUCUGUGAAGAUCCCUUGGGCAAUUACGUGUAUAGUGAGGGCUGUAGCUUUCCAUAUUGGCACUUUAUUCUUUCCUAGCGCUUUUUUCAAAUCCAAAACUCACUCGUCUGUCUAUGGGUGCGCAUCCCAGACCACCACAAAAAUUGCAGAUUAAAAGGACACCUGCAAAUCUCUCCCAGACCAAUCAAGCCUCUUCACAGAGGUUUCUUGUCCAUAAAUUUGAUAGGACUUCACGUAGACAAUGCCUUGAGGUUGGUCAAGAAACCUCUGUAAAGAGGUUUGAUUGGUCUGGGAGAGAAACGAGUUUCAACUUUGCAGGUAUCCUUUUAAUCUGCAAUUUUUGUGGUGGUCUGGGAUGCGUACCCCUUAGCAAAUCAUUAUUAUCUGUUUGUGAGAAUGAUGAGAGAUUCCCCAAUCUGAGUAGAAUCUUCACAACAGUGUCGCUUUCUUUCCUCUCUGAGCAGGGCCCAGAAACCCUGUCCUAUUUAAUCAGUAGCCUAUAUUAUUGUCACCACCAUAGAUGUCAUGGAAGCAACCCGACAAGCAGGUUCUUCCACUCGAGGGUCUCACUAGAUGUGGGUAAUGGAUUAGAACUCGUAACUGUAAAGAUAACAAGUUGGCAACUAUUUGCCCAACUCAGUGUAGAUAAUAAUGAUUUGCCUAGGGGGUGCAGAUCCCAGACCCCCACAACAGAAUGAAUCUUAUGCUUUACCGAGGUCCCUAUGCCAUUCAUCCUAGAUUGUAUAUUUUUGAUAUCUAUCAUGGGUUAUAAAGUGUAGGAUCCUAUUCUUAACAACGAUUGUACCUCGAUUUGCUUGAAAGGUACCUAUAUUUUUUUACACGCCUUGAUCAAUAUGAAAAGUAUACAAACCAGGACUGAUGGUUCAGGGAGAUCAGGAAGGUGGGUAUUUAUGUUUAUGCUCUGCAGCCCUUUGCACCUGAGCUUCCCUUCCCUUAUUUCUCCGGGGAACUCGUCAUCAUACGACUGUUCGACGGAGAAUUCACUCUUUAAUAUGAAGAAAAUAUGUUCAUCUAGCGAUCAUUCUUUUCUCAGCUUGCCUUUCCGACUCACUCUUUGAAUUCCCAUUCUCUGGACCAGGUCACCUGGGACGAGCCCGACGUAUUCUAUAAUGUGAAGAGGGUGAGCCCCUGGCAGGUGGAGUUAGUCCCAGGCUCUCCCCUUCUUGCGGCUUCUCCCUAUCCCGUCCUCAAGAGGCCGAGGGCCGGACAGAGCCAGAGCCAGGACUCGCUCCCUGACGGCUCGGAGAAGAACACGCUUUUCCCAUUUCCGGAGCUUCCCAAUGCAGCGAUGCGGAGCACAGAGGCCUGUGUCUUCAUCGACAACGUUUCUCCUGCGGGCAUGCAGGGAGCCAGGCAUGAUCAGAUACACAACUUCCUGCCCGCCGGCAUCUAUUCGGUGAGCCACAAUGUGAAGCCAAGAACCGGAAACUCGGGGCCGAAGGCCAACUCCAUGCCUUCUGAAUUGAACUGUGCUUGUGCUCUGCAGUCGGAAACCUCGUCCCCUCCGAGCCAGGACAACUUCCACUCGCGUUUCCCGGAUCUUCUCGACGGGCCACCCGGGGGCGCCGCUCCGAGAGCGAGCAGCGGCUCUUUUCAGCUGUUCGGGAAGACCAUCCGAACCGGGCAUCUGGCCGCGGCCGAAGCUCCGGAAACCGGCGACGACCAUCGAGUGGACGCCGUCGCCUCUUACGGCUUCUCUCUGUCUAAACCCGCAGAAGCAGUUCCACGAUGA